AGCACCGUCUUUUGGCCCACCCGUUCAGCCGGUAGAUGAUAGUUGCUGUGCUCUGUGGGUGAAAUCCGUAGAUGCUGCUGCGCAUUUUUGCUGCCAUCUGGAAAUCGCAUCAUCACUGGGGUCAACGCCAGCCGUGAACAUCAUCUACUGUUUUCCUACAUCGCUUAGUAUUGUAUUGGUGGGAAAAACGCACUUCUUCCUUCGAUCGCUGUCAUCGUUUACUCUGUUUUCCUUUUCCUCCCUUUUUUUUUGCACCCAUGAUGGCAACAGCGCGUGGCGUCUCGUGGACGCAGGCCCAGCAGAACGUGAUGGCCGGCGUGGCUCGCACAGUUCUCGGGUGGCUCGAGAGACUGAAGAAUGCGAUUUCCGACACCCCGCUCUACUUCUGGGUUUACAUCGGUGCCCUUGUGUGGAUCACCCGUCAGCUGACGAGCCGCAACAGCCGUGCCACACGCCGAAUCACUGUGGCGGGCCGAGCUGUCCACUUGAACUCCGCCGAGGCGGAUAUGGCGGCGAAUGUGGUGGACAUUGACCGGAUCGACGUAGAUUUCAGCGACGUGGGUGGCCUAGAUGAAGUGAAGGACGCGCUGACGGAGCACAUCAAAUGGCCCUUCCAGCACCAGGAGCUGUUCAGCGGCAAGACGGUGCGCUCCCACCCCAAGGGCGUGCUUCUCUACGGACCGCCUGGAACCGGCAAAACGUUGCUGGCGCGUGCAUUGGCGAAAGAGCUGGGCUGCUCUUUCAUCAACGUCAACACGGAGUCCAUCUUCUCCAAGUGGGUCGGCGACACGGAGCGCAACGCGGCAGCCAUCUUCACUCUGGCUGCGAAGAUUGCGCCGUGCGUCAUCUUUGUGGACGAAAUUGAUUCACUCUUGAGCAACCGUAGCGCGAUGGACGCGACGCCACACACGCACGCCAAAACCAUCUUCAUGACACACUGGGAUGGACUGGAGAAGGAUCCCGACGCGCGCAUCAUCGUCGUGGGCGCUACAAAUCGGCGAUUCACCAUCGACGACGCCAUCCGCCGCCGCCUUCCGCUUCAGCUAGAGGUUCCGCCGCCGGACCUGAAGGCGCGCGAGAAGAUCCUCAACAUUCUCCUGGCCAAUGACUUAGAGGGCAAUCCGAAGAAGGACGGGCUGAUUCGCUAUGUGGCGAUGAAGACCAUCGACUACACCGGCUCCGAUCUCACUGAGCUAUGCAAGGCAGCUGCGUUGAUGCCGCUGCGGGAAAUGAAGACGAUGAAAGGCGAACAGAAGACUGUAUCAGACACCACGGAGGCGAUUCCGCCGCUCAGUCAGGAGCACUUUGACAAGGCAAUGCAGCGUGUGAAGGCUUCAAAGUAG